AUGGAAGCAGCGGCCGCGGUGCGCAAGGCGCGGAUUGUGGCGCUUCGCGAGUUGAAGCAGGCAGAGGAGGCUGGUGAUGAGGCAGCGAUCUCUGCCAAUGUGUUUGGUCAGCGGGUGAAGCGGCAUUUUCGCUCGAGUGUGCCGCCCGCGGCCCUAUUGCCUCAGCGGGACGAGGCGGCGGCCUCUACGGUGGAAAACGAUGUGCGUGACAUGCAAGAGAGUGUGAUGGCGGAAGAUACGCGAAGGCAGGCGGAGGAGCUAGAUCUUGCGAAUAUUGCGCCGCGCCGUCCGAACUGGGACCUGCGCCGGGACUUGGACGCACGCUUGGCGCUGCUGGAGCCGCGCACGGAGGAAGCGAUACACACGCUGAUUGUGCGCCGCCUUGGCGCGAGUCGCGACCGGCAGGAGGAUGUGGCGAAUGUUCUUGCGAACGAGUGA